AUGUGGUCCAGGCUUCAGACGGCAAGAUCCAGUUCGACGCACCGAUUGAAAACAAUGGUCUUCGAGUAUGCCUUCGAUUGCGCCCGGGGUAUCUCGACCUCUUCUCUGGAGCAGGACCUACUUGAUCGAGAAGUGCAAAACCGCAUUAGGUCGGCUCAGUUUCCACUGGGAAAGCCAGGACUGACUCGGGAACAGGCUCUAAAAGUCGAGAAAGGCAACCAGCUUGCCAAGUUCAUGUGCGAGCUGAUUGAGUUGUGCAUCGAUCUUCGUUUGUCAUUUUGGAUAAAAAACCCUGCUGCGUCUUUUCUCUGGAGCACACCCAAACUGCGCAGGCUUUCAGAGCAUCCCAGUGUCGGUUUCUGGUCGUUUGACUUUUGUGUCUUCGGGGCACCUUGGCGAAAAAGGACAAAAAUCUUCACCAACACCUGUCUGAGGCAUCAGAACACCUUCUGUAGAGGCGGACACGUGCACCAGAUCUUACGCGGCAGGUCCACCUUUCACCGAUGCUCUUGGACGAAGGUAGCCGGACCUUAUCCUCGGCGGCUCAGCCUCUGCAUCGCAAUGGCCCUUGCCUUACUGCAGGUGCUGGUGAUCGCGCAGAGUUUGAGGAACUUGCGGGAGGUGCCUGCGCUUCGGGUCUUCAUGCCCAAGCGCACGACUGCUGCUGAACGGGCCGCUUUACGGGCCGGAGUGCGUCUAGAAGCUGUUUCCCUCGUUGAAGCAAAGACUGAAAAGCUCGAAGUCAAGCUUUGGGAGGGUUUUCUAGAAUGGCUCCAAGAAGACUGUGGAUCCGACGCCGCCAGAGAACUUUGUGCCUUGGCAGCUACUCUGGCCCCGUUGCUCCAGCUCUACGGCGAGCAUCUGUUCUCAGUGGGCGCGACUCUGAGUGCUUAUAGGCACAUUAUUGCUUUCGCUCAGCGGCGCCUGCCAGAUUUCAAGUUCCAUUCAAAAGUCUGUUGGGAUUAUGUCAGCAAAUGGGAAGCCAUCGAACCGCUCGUUCACAGAGCUCCUAUACCCGAACAACUUUGCGAUGCCAUGGCAUCGUUAGCCCUUGCGUGGGGCUGGCCACGAUUUGCGUUGAUCCUCUUGAUUGCCUACCGCGGGAUUCUUAGACUAGGUGAGGUCGCCAGAGCAAGCAGGAGUGACCUUGUUCUGCCGAGCGACCUUCUCAGUGACACAGUCUCGCGGUUGUUCUUCCGAGUACGGCAGCCUAAGACUGGAAAGCGUGGAGGAGGACGACAGCAGCACGCCAGUGUUCGAGAUGAAGCUGUUGUUCGGGCCUGUGAAAGUUUGUUCGGCUCAGCUUCUCCUGACACAGCUUUGUUUCCUCUUUCCGUGCAAACCUUCCGCAGACGCUGGGAUCAGAUCUUAGAUGCCCUUGAAGUUCCGAAAAGCCUCGGGCUGACCCCUGGAGGCGUUCGCGGAGGUGCAGCUGUCAGUGCCUACCAUCACGGCACACCGAUCUACGAACUGCUCUGGCAGAUGAGGAUACAGCAUAUUCCGACUUUACAGCACUAUCUCCAAGAGAUGGCCGCAGAAAACGUGUUAGGCCACCUUUCGUCUUCAUCGAAGCGGGCAAUCACGAGUGCCGCAUCGUGCUUGCCUGUUUUUCUUGCGGCGGUUUGA